UUUAAAACGAGGACAUUUUGUGUUGUGAAAGAGUUCUUCGUGCAUUUUCUCAACAGGAAGUGGGAAGUUCCGAUGUGACGUAGAAGAAGUCGCGCGCUUUGGCGCGGAAGUUUGUUUGGAUCUUCUGUCCGCUGGUCGCCUGUGGAUUGUUUCGCUGUAAAAACAGAACAGAAAAAAUGAUGAGGAGAAAACGUCGCUCAUCUGUGGACAAGGAAGAACCGUUGUCUACAGCUGCCAAACCAAAAAAGGGCCGCAGCGCUGGUCGACAAGCCAAAGAGGCUGUUGCCGUGGAGACAAAUGAAAGUGUCUUUGCUGUCUUUGUAAGAAAGGCUGGGGUCACCUUAAAACACGACGCUCAGUCCAAUGAAAUUGCUGUGGAUCAGGUGGUUUUCCAGAAGCGAAUUCAGCAGCAGCUGCAGAGGAGUCCUCAGUUCCCCGCGAUCAUACAGGAGUUCAUCACCGGCAUGGAGGCACACAUUGAAAAUCCUGACACUCUGAGGGUCUGCCUCCUUCCAUGCGUCCCCCAAACGUCUGACGGACACAUCAGCUCCUUCCAGGAGAGCUUGCUGCGGAUGUUGCUGGGCGUUGAGAUGCUACAGACUUUGAUCAUUAACAUUUUGCUUGAGAAAGUCCCAGAGUUCAUGCUUGACAGCACUGGUGAUGGAGGCCUCAGCUUUCCCAGAAUGAUCAUUAACCAGCUGAAGUGGCUGGACAGAAUCCUGGAUGCUAAGGGAUUGUCGCUGAAACUCAUGGAGCUUGUGUCAGUAGCGCCUGUAGAGGUUCAGCGGGACGUCAUCACAAGUUUACCAGAGAUACUAGAUGACUCCCAGCACAACGAUGUCGGCAGAGAGCUCAACUGUUUGUUGCUGGAACGCACUCAGCUGACCGUCCCCAUCCUGGAUGCCCUCUCCAGCCUCAACCUCAGUUCUUCAUUACUAACAGAGGUGCGGACUGCUGUCAUGGCAACGAUGGCUGCUGUGCAGCUGGAGGACCUUCCCGUCGUGGUCAAGUUCAUUUUGCACUCCGUCUCAUCCUCGGAUGCAUACGAGGUGGUGUGCAGUCUCCGGAAAAACCUGGAGCUGGAGCAGUGCGUGCUUCCUGCUGCGCUUCAGGCUUCUCAGACUCUGCUGAAGACUAAAAGAGCUGCAGUGUCUGCUCCAGCAGCAGCAGCAGCAGCGAGCAGCAGCCAGGACAGCAUCAGUCUGGUUCUGGACGGCAUCAAGUCAGCUGUGCGCUUCCAGAAAACCAUUGCAGAGGCUUGGCUUAAGGCCAUAGAGUCUGUAGAGGAGGAGGAGGAGCACAAGGUCAUCGAUCUGCUGAUGCUCUUCAUCCUCCACUCCACCAACGCCAACCAGAGCCGCAGGGGGGCGGAGAGGAUGCUGAAGCUCAAAGUGAGGACCGGCCUCAUCCAGGAGCCGCUGCUGCAGAGGACCUUCAGGGACUACGUCCAGGUGCUGCGAGGAUACUUCUCCUCCAUUCUGGCUCUCGCUCAGAGUUUGCUGCGUUCCCCCGACCCCGGCCUGGUGGCUUUUGGUGGACACAUGUACCGAUGCUCUUUCACCGCGUUUGAUUCGUACUGCCAGCAGGAAGUCGUGGGCUCCCUGGUGACCCAUGUGUGCAGUGGUGCGGGUGGAGAGGUGGACAUGGCUCUGGAGCUGCUCUGUGGCCUGGUGACAGAGAAACCCUCAGAAAUGGCCCUGUAUGCCGUUUUUGUCAAGGGAAUCUUGGACUACAUGGACAACCUGACGUCUCAGCAGAUUCGAAAACUUUUCCAGCUUCUAAGCAGACUGGCGUUCGGGCAGCAGCAGCAGCAAGGCUCUCACAUCCAGGAUGACAUGCACAUUGUGAUCCGCAAGCAGCUGUCCAGCACUGUGCCCAAGUACAAGCGGAUCGGCAUCAUUGGUGCAGUCAUGAUUAUAGGCAGCAUGGGAGCCAGGUCUGAAGGGACGGACUCGCAGAACGGCUCGCUGUCCCAGGAGACGCUCAGACAGGUGACGGCGCUGAUGGAGCUGGUGAAGUCCAGCAGUGAGAGCUCUCCUGAAGCUGCAGCUCUGUACUACGACGAACUGGCCAACCUGAUCUGGAGCUCCACUCUGGACCCACAGGUGCAGGAAAUGAUGGGAAGUCGGGUCCUGGAUGAUUUCCAAGAGGAUUUUGUGGUGGACCUUGGGCCGGAUAUAACUGGUUCUUUCCUUUUGCCACCUCGUGUGAUGUAUAACCUGGAUGACGAUGAGAGUCAAGGAGGCAUCGCCAUCAACCUGCUGCCCCUACUGGCCAAAGACACACAAAGCAAAGGAGAUGAGCUGACCCACGACAAGAAGCCGCUGAAGAGGGUUUCUCCUCUGUGUUUGUCUCCAUUCUUUCGCCUCCUGAGGCUCUGCGAGGAGAAGCGGCACCAGGGAGACCUGGAGGAGAUUGAUGCCCUCCUGGGCUGCCCCCUGAUCCUGGCAGACAUGGAUGUCGUGGAGAAAGUUGAGAGCCUGUCUAAGGCGGAGAGGGACUUCCUCUGCGCUCUACUCUUCCACGCCAUCAACUGGUUCAGAGAGGUUGUGAAUGCCUUCUGUAAGCAAACAGAAACGGAGAUGAAGAUGAAAGUCAUGACUCGACUGCAGAACAUCACGUACCUGCAGACGCUGCUGGAAAAGGCUUUGGCAGAAACGCCUGGCUUUGUUCCUCCUGUUUCCAACUUUGAUGGAGAAAGCUCCGACAGGCUGGCUCUCUCCUCUGCUGUUCCUGCACUCAAGCCAAAGAAAGACGGUGCGGGAAAGAAGAGGAAAGCUGCUGCGAGGCGUUCCUCAGAAGGCAGUUCUCAGCCCGCAGAGGCGGCUGAAGCGGAUGAAACCCAGCAGGAGCAUCCUGAAAAGGAGAAAGACAAAGACGUCUGGCCGGGGGUCAGUCUGUCGGUCUUCAGGCCCUUUUUCAGAGAGCUGGACUUGGAGGUUCUGAGUGUUUUGCAGUCCGGCUUGCUGUCUCGCUCCCUGCUGGACUCGGAGCUCCACACUAAGGUGCGGGAAGAGGUUCUGCUGGGCCCCGCCGAGCUGGUUUUCCUGCUGGAGGAUCUGCUUCACAAACUGGAGUUUAGGCUAACAGCCGCCCCCACCAAGAGGGCUCCAUUCCUGAAGACAAGGGCCGACAGAAGCGUCGGCUUCUCCCACCUGCAGCAGCGGAGCACCAAAGAUAUUGCGUCCUACUGCGUCCAGCUGCUGCCCGCCCUCUGCACUCACCUGGAGAACUGCCACAACCAUUUCCAGGCUCUGCUGUCGAAAAACGAUGGCUGUGUUGAUGCGGCCGCCGCAGAUCUGCAGGAGCAUCGGUUGAUGUCUGCAAGCUACCAGCUGCUCCUGCAGGUCCUGAACACCGUCUUCAGCUGGUCUGGAUUCAGUCAGCCAGGACACAGGAACCUGCUGAAGAAGGCUCUGGGCGUUUUGGCGGAACGUCUCAAAGAAGGAGAUGCUGAUCUGACCCUGGAGCAGUUUGUGAAGCACAGCUUCGAGUACCUGCUGAACUUCCGCAGCACAAUGCCGAGUCUGAACACGGCUUUGUGUCUCUCCCAGCUCCUGUCCACUGUGGCAGAAAGAGGAGGAAAUGCUGCUGCUCACAGAGAUCAGACCGCUUCCCUCGCUCGCCACUUUCUGAGCCAGGUUUGGGUGACGGCCAGUGGAGAGAGAGAGCGAGGGAACAAAUUUAAUGAAGCUCUGCAUGCCCUCCUGACCAUUUAUCUGGAGCAGGUGGAUGACAUCCUGAAGGUCGUGGAAGAAAUCGCUGGAGAAGGAAUCUCUGAGCUCCUCAACGUGUCCAAAGAUGAAAGCUCAGCAUCCUGGCCAACUCUCAACAGGCAGACCUUCCUGGUGUUCUACAAAGUGUUGCUGGCAGAGCUGGAGAAGGCCGUCAGGAAGAUUCCUGCAGGAAAAUCCAGCGAUGACUCUGAGGCUCAGAGUGAGAAGCUGCUGACGUGGAACCUGGCAGUGCGAGAUUUCCACAUCCUGGUAAACCUAGUGAAGGUGUUUGACUCCAGGUCAGUGCUUAACGUGUGCUUAAAGUACGGAAGACUUUUCUUGGAGUCCUUCCUGAAGUUGGGAAUGCCGCUGUUGGACUACAGUUUUAAAAGACACAAGGAGGACGUUCAGAGCUUGCUCAAGACCUUCCAGCUCAGCACUCGUCAGCUCCACCACAUGUGUGGACACUCUAAGAUUCGCCAGGAUACCAGCUUGACCAACCAUGUGCCAGCCUUGAAGAAGAGCCUGGAGCUGUUUCUGUACAGGGUGAAGGCCAUGUUGGCGCUCAACAACUGCCAGGAAGCCUUUUGGAUGGGGAAUCUGAAGAAUCGCAAUCUGAAGGGGGAGGAGAUUCUCUCACAGCGGUCACAAGACAGUGACGAGGACGAAGAUGAAGAAGAGGGCGAGGGUCUGCCACUUCCACAGCAACUGUCAGAUGAUGAGGCUGACAAGAGCGACUCUGAGGCAACAAAGAAGACCAACGGAGGAGAUGAAGAUGAAAGUGCAGAUGACUCUGAGUAAACCCAGUCAGUAUUAUUAGGGGUUCCAUUAUUUUCUAUCCUUUAUUGAGUUGGAAAAAAAAAUCGAAUUUAAAAGUGGCCUGUUUAUAGUCUUCAAGUAGUUUGAUGACCUUUAGUGUCAGACAUGCUGAAUGGGGAAAAAGGUUUGUUGUUUAUUACCUCUGUUUAUUUCAGUAAGAACUUUAGGCUCACAAAGAGUUCAUGAAAUGUAGCUUUUGUUCAAAGAUUCCAGUUUUGGGGCUUUGUAACUUCACAUUCAGCUUUGGAAAAUGUUAUUUCUAUCAAGAAAAUAAAGACGUUGUUUGUCUUGAACACAACAGAUUUUGUGUUUUUGUAAAAAGUGAUUCUGAUCUUUGUUUCCUAAAAAAUGUUUCACUCACUUUGAUCGUCUCAAGACAGGAAUAAAGCCAAGAAAAACACUUA